AUGCUGGAGGCGGAGAGUGGCAAGACGCUGAACCAGAAGAGGUGCUUCCUCAACGUGGCCAGGAUCCGGGAGGAAGAGGAGGCACCGGCACAGACUCCCGGAAGGCUGUUUACCAUCGUCAUCGGCACCGACGCUGCAGGACGGGCGCAUGCUGGGCUGGCGGACGCCGCGCUGAGACAGGAGGAGUGGAGGUACGGAACGGGCUUCUGUACCGUGCUGUACUUCCCAGGGCUUUCGUCGGAAGUCCGUUCUAAUCGACGGACAAACAGCGACUUCCAUCCAAGUGGAUUUGCUGCCCCUGAGAAGGAGGAGCUGCAUUUCGACAGCACUCUGCUGCCGGUGUCGAGCGACUGUGUGGGAAUGGAUUCAAAGACCGAGUUUGACCCCAUCGUCAGCCUCGGCAUGUCGUGCCAGGGCGGGGAGAACGAGGGCUAUACCGAGACCCGACCCCGCCGAACCAGACUCAUCGAAACGGACCUGAAGCGAAUCAAGCAGGAGGCGGGUUCCGAGUCCGGCUCGGAUAUCGAGAAAGUGGUUCUGGGACUCGAUAGCGAAGGAGAGCCCGGCAUACGAGCCCUGUGUGAAGAAGGGGAUAGUGAACCUAAAAACGGAUUAAGCAGGAGGAGGAGGAGGAGGAGGAGGAGGAGGGGGGGGGGUUCGGACCCGGGUGACGUGUACGAGGAUGACGUCACCGCCGGGCUGAACAUCGUUUCUGUGAAGCAAGAAGACCCGGUACCGGUGGAUUCGGUCCAGAUCGUAUCGGAUUUGAACGGGCCCGUGCCCGGCACUGCUGUUAAUAGCAAACACAACACGCCGACAGCCUGGGCCGUUUCCACGGCAACGGCUAGCGCUGACGGGACGCUUGGAAACGCGGCGUGCCUCCGCAGAGGUGGAGCUGCUGCGCGGGCUGCGGCCCCCCUGCUCUCCGACGGCCCUGGGUUCGGACCAGCGGGCCACGCGCCCCCCCGUAAGAUCGCUGCUCCCUGGGAUCACGAUGACAUCACGGCCCUGAUCUCGGUGUGGGGUCAGGAUCGGUUCCAGGCGGAGCUGAGCGAGACAUUCCGGAACAUCCAGGUGUUCGAGCGCAUCGCUGCGGCCCUGCGGCGCAUGGGGGUCCAGCGCAGCGCCGUGCAGUGCCGGGGCAAGAUCAAGAAACUGAAGCAGGAGCACAAGCGCUGCAGAGAGAGCCUGGCCAGGGGGGGCUGCGAGCACAGAGCCUUCCGAUACUACCAGCAGCUGGAGCGCGUCCUGAGCCGCAGGAGAGCCCCUCGGGAGCCAGCCGGAGCGCAGGGGGGGGGCCCCGGGGGGGAGGAGGAGGAGGAGGAGACGACGCGGGACAGCUAUUUCAUGAGUGACCCCACUGGCUGCCCCCCCCUGGAGCCCCUGGCCCCUCCACUCUGCAUCCCGGGACCCCCCCUGGAACCGGGGACCCCCACAGCCCUGGAGGAGGCGCCCAGCUCCAGCAAGGCAGAGGCACCGGCUCCCACGCCCACAGCGCCCCCAAAGUCCCAGCGCAGGAGAAGGCGGCGCGGUGCUCAGAAGACCACGCUGACGGAGCUGCUGGAUUACCUGCGCGAGUCCGACGAGAAGCUCCUCGCCCUGCAGGCGGAGUUCAUGGCGGCGGAGAGGGAGGAGCGGCAGAGAGACCGCGAGGCCGCCGCCCACGACCACGCCCUGAUCUGCGGGGCGCUGCACAGGCUGGCGGAGGCGUUCAGCGGGUACCUGCCCUCGGACAAGGAGAUAGAGCUGGACUGAGACACGGGCUCGCUUUCUUUUUUUUGUGUGAUUAUUAUUAUUAUUAUUUUUUAAUGUAUAGUGUAAAAAAAUUAGAAUCAUAACUGAAUCAACAUUUAUUGCAGUUUUUUGUGUAUAUUGUGUAUGAAAAUGUGUCUAAUGCUCUGA